CCGCUAACUCGGCUAGCCCGGUCUGCUGAACGCUGCAGCGCAUGACAGUAAUAAAAAUAAAAACAACGCUUGCUGGUUGUGUAGAUACUGGGUUUAAGGAGUUUGAGUGUUUAUUGUUUGACCAGGCAAAGGUGACAUAGAUCCAAGGUGAAAUAUGUUUAAUUACACAGAUUUUAGUUAACGCAUUUCAAGUUGUUUUGUCUAGCUAGCGUUAGCUACCUUACUUAGCCGCAUCCAUUAACAUUCAGUGGAUAAAUCAAGCUGGCUAAAACCGUAGCGUAAAAAGCUGAGGAGAACUCACCCAAAGGAUGUCAGACUCGGACAGUGACGACGACCAAGAUCGCCCCUUUUCUAUAACUGGCUUCCUCUUUGGAAACAUCAAUGAAGACGGACAGCUAGAAGAUGACAGUGUUCUGGACAACGAGUCCAAAAAACAUCUAGCUGGUUUGGGGACUCUGGGUCUGGGCUCACUUAUUACGGAGAUCACUGCCAAUGAGGAUGACGAUAAGGAGGAAAACAGAGACCCUGCUAGCGUGGAUGCAGAAGGUUGGGUGAAAAGCACUGAGGAUGCAGUUGAUUAUUCUGACAUCAGCGAAGUUGCUGAGGAUGAGACAAAGAAAUACCGGCAGGCCAUGGGGUCUCUGCAGCCCAGCAGGAAAACAGAUGAUGAGGAUGACUAUGAUGCAGAUUGUGAGGAUAUUGACUCCAAACUCAUGCCCCCUCCACCACCACCAACUCUUCCUACAUCUAAAAAAGAGGAACCCUCCACUCAGAGCUCAAAUGCAGUUGGGGAAGAUGGUGAUGGUAUCAUCCUGCCUUCCAUCAUUGCUCCAUCUUCUACGGGAGACAAGAUUGACUUCAGCAGUUCCUCAGACUCUGAGUCAGAAACUGACCGUCCCUGUCAGGGUUCAGGUGCCGGUGGCCCUGCUGACAGGCUCACUCUCCCUCUUGCUGGGAUCAUGCAGAAAGAUGCCGCCAAAGCAUUGCCAAGUGUCACAGAGCUCUUCCCAGAGUUUAGGCCUGGAAGGGUGCUUCGGUUCUUACGCUUGUUUGGUCCUGGAAAGAACGUGCCAUCAGUUUGGAGGAGUGCCCGCAGGAAAAAGAAGCGAAAACACAGAGACCCUCAGCCUGGGACACCUCCUCCAGAAGGAGAACCCUUAGAGCAAAGCCAGGAGAAGAAAUCUGGAUGGAUUUAUGAGUAUCCCGCCCCUCCACCUCCGGAGCAAUGUCUUUCUGAUGAUGAGAUAACCAUGAUGGCUCCAGUAGAAUCAAAGUUUUCACAAACUUGUGGUGAUGGGGACAAGGAGAUGGAAUCUCGGCCUAAAGUAGCAGAAUGGAGAUAUGGUCCAGCCCAGCUCUGGUACGACAUGCUCGGGGUUCCUGAGGAUGGAAGCAAUUUUAACUAUGGGUUCAAGCUUAAAGAACAGCAAUCCAGUGAGCCUCAGAAGCCGGAUACACCUACUGAAAUAACAGAGAUUUCCCAAGAGGUUCAGGUUCAGGAGGAUAACAACGAUGCAGAUGAUAAUGAAGAUGAUGAAGCUAAAGACAGAAAAGCCCUGGAGAAUGAACUCUUCCUCAUGGUCACUCAGCUGCAAUGGGAGGAUGAUAUAAUUUGGAAUGGAGAAGAUGUUAAACACAAGAGUACCAAGACUCAGCGAGCCAGCCUGGCAGGAUGGCUACCCUCUAGCAUGACCCGUAAUGCUAAUGCUUACAAUGCACAGCAGGGUCUGACAAGAAGUAAUUCCCAGCUGGUGCCACCUACACCUCCACCCAUGCCCAAAGCUGCUUCGAUUUCUGGCUCAAAGCGAGACAAAAACAGCCACGAUAAUCAAGCCUCUCAGGAAGAAGACUGUCCUUGGUUCUCCAUUUUUCCCAUUGAUAAUGAAGAGUUGGUAUACGGACGCUGGGAAGACAACAUUAUCUGGGAUGACCAGGAGAUGGAUCAAAUGCUUGAGCCACCUGUUCUUACACUGGAUCCCAAUGAUGAGAACAUAAUUCUAGAAAUUCCUGAUGAAAAGGAGGAGACGACCUCCCACUCGCCAUCAAAAGAGAAUAAGAAAGAAACCGCAAUCAAGAAGAGCCGCAUCCUGCUGGGGAAAACGGGCGUGAUAAAAGAUGAGCCACAGCAAAACAUGUCCCAACCUGAGGUCAAAGAUCCCUGGAAUCUGUCCAAUGAUGAGUUCUACUAUCCCAAACAGCAAGGCCUGAGGGGAACCUUUGGUGGCAACAUCAUUCAGCACUCCAUCCCAGCCCUGGAACUGCGGCAGCCCUUCUUCCCCACUCACAUGGGGCCCAUGAAGCUUCGCCAGUUCCAUCGUCAGACUCUGAAGAAGUACUCGUUUGGAGCUUUGGCUCAGCCAGGUCCCCACCCUGCUCAGCCUCUGCUUAAACACAUAAAGAAGAAAGCCAAGAUGCGAGAGCAAGAGCGGCAGGCAUCAGGAGGAGGAGACAUGUUCUUCAUGCGAACCCCGCAAGACUUGACAGGCAAAGAUGGAGAUCUGAUCCUGGCAGAAUACAGUGAAGAAUACCCUCCUCUCAUCAUGCAAGUUGGCAUGGCAACUAAAAUCAAGAACUACUACAAAAGGAAACCUGGAAAAGAUCCUGGAGCACCUGAUUGUAAAUAUGGAGAGACUGUGUACUGUCACACAUCCCCUUUCCUUGGUUCUCUGCAUCCUGGACAGCUUCUCCAGGCAUUUGAGAACAACCUCUUCCGUGCCCCAAUCUACCUUCACAAGAUGCCUGAGACUGAUUUCUUGGUUAUACGAACACGACAUGGCUACUACAUUAGAGAGAUUGUAGAUAUUUUUGUAGUUGGUCAGGAGUGCCCCUUGUUUGAAGUUCCAGGGCCGAACUCCAAACGAGCCAAUACUCACAUCAGAGACUUCCUGCAGGUGUUCAUUUAUCGCUUGUUCUGGAAGAGCAAAGAUCGGCCACGGAGAAUCCGUAUGGAGGAUAUAAAGAAAGCUUUUCCCUCACACUCAGAAAGCAGCAUCAGGAAACGACUUAAACUGUGUGCUGACUUCAAACGUACAGACAGAAAUCUGAGCAUUGAAAGAGCUUUAUACGCCUGCUAUGGAUUUUACCCCAAAGGGAUGGACUCAAACUGGUGGGUGCUGAAGCCUGAUUUCAGACUGCCAACAGAAGAAGAGAUCAGGGCCAUGGUUUCUCCAGAGCAGUGCUGUGCUUACUACAGCAUGCUGGUAGCAGAGCAAAGGCUCAAGGAUGCUGGAUAUGGUGAGAAAUCCUUCUUUGCUCCAGAGGAGGAGAACGAAGAGGACUUUCAAAUGAAGAUUGAUGAUGAGGUGCGGACAGCUCCUUGGAACACAACAAGAGCCUUCAUUUCUGCUAUGAAGGGGAAGUGCUUGUUAGAGGUUACAGGUGUGGCUGAUCCUACAGGCUGUGGAGAAGGUUUCUCCUAUGUGAAAGUGCCCAACAAGCCUACUCAACAGAAGGACGAUAAAGAGCCGCAGCCGGUGAAGAAGACAGUGACAGGGACAGAUGCUGAUCUGAGGAGGCUCUCGCUGAAGAAUGCCAAGCAGCUGCUGCGCAAGUUUGGUGUACCAGAGGAGGAGAUCAAGAAACUGUCACGCUGGGAAGUUAUUGAUGUGGUGAGGACCAUGUCCACGGAGCAAGCACGCUCAGGAGAGGGACCCAUGAGCAAGUUUGCCAGAGGCUCUCGUUUUUCUGUAGCUGAACACCAGGAACGUUACAAGGAAGAGUGCCAGAGAAUCUUUGACUUGCAGAACAAAGUGCUGGAGUCGACAGAGGUGCUCUCCACAGACACAGACAGCAGUUCAGCAGAGGAUAGUGACUUUGAGGAGAUGGGUAAGAACAUUGAGAACAUGCUGCAGAACAAGAAGACCAGCUCCCAACUUUCCCGUGAGAGGGAAGAGCAGGAGAGGAAGGAGCUGCAGAGGAUGCUGAUGGGUGAGGAGAGCGAUCGUGACAAGGGCCGCAAGGAGCGGCGUAAAGGCCUGUCCAGUUCACUGUCAACCAGUUCCCACAAAGAUGACGACACGUCCUCCGUCACCAGCCUGAACUCCUCGGCCACAGGACGCCGACUGAAGAUUUAUCGCACAUUCAGAGAUGAGGAUGGCAAGGAGUAUGUCCGGUGUGAAACAGUGCGGAAGGCUGCAGUCAUUGAUGCCUACACCAGGAUCAGAACCACCAAGGAUGAUGAAUUUAUACGAAAGUUUGCCCUCUUUGAUGAGCAGCACAGAGAAGAGAUGAGGAAGGAACGUCGGCGUAUUCAGGAGCAGCUGAGGAGGCUGAAGAGAAACCAAGAGAAGGAUAAGAUCAAGGGUCCUCCAGAGAAGAAGACCAAGAAGGUCAAAGAGAGACCAGACCUCAAGGUAAAACUAAAGUGCGGCGCAUGUGGAGCCAUUGGACACAUGAGGACCAAUAAGUUCUGUCCACUUUAUUAUCAAACCAAUGCCCCACCCUCCAACCCAGUCGCCAUGACAGAGGAGCAGGAGGAGGAGCUGGAAAAGACAGUCAUCCACAAUGACAAUGAGGAGUUGAUCAAGGUGGAGGGCACUAAAAUUGUCCUGGGCAAACAGCUCAUCGAAAGUGCUGAUGAAGUGCGCAGAAAGUCUUUGGUGCUCAAGUUCCCCAAACAACAGCUGCCACCAAAGAAGAAGAGACGCGUAGGCAGUGCAGUCCAUUGUGACUACCUCAAUAAACCCCACAAGGCCAUCCACCGCAGACGCACGGACCCCAUGGUGACCUUGUCCUCUGUGCUAGAAAGCAUCAUCAAUGACAUGCGGGAUCACCCUAAUACAUACCCGUUCCACACACCAGUCAAUGCUAAGGUUGUGAAGGACUACUAUAAGAUCAUCACACGGCCCAUGGACCUGCAAACACUAAGGGAGAAUGUACGCAAGCGGAUGUACCCAUCAAGGGAGGAGUUCCGUGAAGCAGUGGAGCUUAUUGUCAAAAACAGCGCCACCUACAAUGGGGCAAAACACCCAAUAACACAAGUUGCACAGUCCAUGCUGGAUCUGUGUGAUGCUAAACUGAAAGAGAAGGGGGACAGGCUGGUGAGGCUGGAGAAAGCCAUCAACCCUCUGCUUGAUGAUGAUGAUCAGGUGGCCUUCUCCUUCAUCUUGGACAACAUUGUAACCCAGAAAAUGAUGGCGGUUCCCGAUUCAUGGCCGUUUCACCAGCCUGUCAACAAGAAGUUUGUGCCAGAUUAUUAUAAAGUUAUUGUGAACCCCAUGGAUCUGGAGACCGUCCGCAAGAACAUCUCCAAACAUAAAUAUCAGAACCGAGACACGUUCCUUUCAGAUGUCAGUUACAUCCACACCAACAGCAUCAAGUACAAUGGUUCAGACAGUCCUUACACCAAGACAGCUCUCGAGAUUGUUAAUGUGUGUAAGCAGACUUUGGCAGAGUAUGAUGAGCACUUGACACAAUUGGAGAAAGACAUCUCUACUGCUAAAGAGGCAGCUCUAGAUGCAGCAGACUUAGAGAGUCUGGACCCAAUGACGCCUGGGCCAUACACGCCUCAGCCUGCUGAUCUGUUUGACAGCGGGGCUUCGGGGAGUGUGCCCAGAGAGCCCAGCAGCCUUUUCUCUGAGGGACCUCUAGUGGGUGCUCCAGAGAAGAGAGUGGGGCAGGGACGGCACAGCAGAAGACCAGGGGAAGAAGAGUCCGAUGUGGACAUUGAAGGCUUUGAUGAGGAAGACGAUGGCAAACCCAAGACUCCUGCUCCUGCAGAGGAUGCAGAAGGCGAUCUGGAGGACGAGGACGAUGACGAGGAGAUGUUGCUGCCACCUCGCAGGCGGUUGCAUGACCAGGAUGAUGAUGAGGAGGAGGAGGAAGAAGAGGGAAGAUCUAACCGCCCAGCUCAAGCUAGCGUGCUCUAUCAGGACCUACUCAUGUCUGACGGAGAGGAUGAUGCCAGCGAAGAGGAGGGCGACAACCCUUUCUCCUCCAUACAACUGUCAGAGAGCGGCAGCGACUCUGACAGAGAGGUUGAUGUGCGACCCGCACCUCCACGUAGAACUCAGGAGACUGCUCGGAUGGGCAUGGAGCAGGACGAGAGCAUGAUGUCAUACGAAGGGGAUGGGCCUGAUGGGCCACAUAUGGAAGACAGCAAUGUCAGUUACGGCAGCUAUGAGGAGACAGAGAGUCGGAGUCAGAUGCCGCCGUCUAGUUUGGGAAAUGGAGAAGAAUACGGCAUUAGUGAGGAGGAGGAGGAAGAUGAAGAAGAUGAGGCACGGAGGAGAGGCCCAGCUGUGCUCUCCCAGGUCCAGCUCAGUGAAGAUGAGGAAAGCGAAGAGUUCAGAUCUGUUGGGGGAGACAGCGACAUGGACUCCGACAAUUAGCUUCUUUUCUUCUUCUUUAUUUUUUUUAUUUCUUUAUUUUUUUUUUUUUGUUUUGUUUUUUUUGCUGCAGUAUCAUGAAAACUGUUUGAAAAAUGAGAAAAUGUAAUUUUAGGUAAAUAUGUACAGUGUUAUUUUGUAAAUGACAUAACAGCACCUUGUAAAUUUCAGUUUGUCUUUUAUAUAUUGAAUGAAUGUUGUGUAUGCUGAUUCAUCUCUACAUCUUUGUACUGUUUACCUUGGAUACGUCCUUUGGAAGUUUGUUUCUACCACUGAUUUUUAAAAAAUUUUUUUUUUUAAGUCAAAAUUUAGAGUUAUCUCAAAAUUUGGACUUGCACAGAAGUUUGAGUUACUAAAAUUGGCUCUGCGAGGCAAAAAUUAAGUAAAUAUUUAAUAAAAAUGUGUGUGUAUAUAUUGUGUGUGUGUGUGUGUAAACAAGCUUCUAUAAUAUCCUGCAUGCACACAAAAAAAAACAUUCUUUAAAAUCCAACCGAUUCAUUAAUAUUAAUAAAUGAGUUAUGAGUGGAUGAGAGGGAUUCAGAUCCAUGCAGUUCAUCUUCCCUUGUGAUAUGGUAAUUUUUAUCUUAUGUUAAUAUUUUUCUAACCUGCCUAGUUAUUUGUCAUAAUGCUUAUGCAUAAGGUAAAAGCAAUAGAAACUGACCAUAACCGAGGUGGAACAUGACAGGAUUUUAUUGACUGCUUAUAGGUGGAAAAUUAUUUCAGAUAUUUUGAUACAUCAACAGAAAACGGUUGUUAAUAAAGCACACAAGUUCAAGCUGA